CCUGGUAUAAAACACACAGCAUGCUAGGAAGAUAGCUCAAGAGCUUGUAUCCAUAUAGAUCGUACAGAAUUAGCUGGACUGGAACUAAAAAUGUUCUUUAGUAAAACUAAAAGACUGGCCUACUUGAAUUAAUUUCUGGACUAGACACUGUUCUGCUUUGUAGCUCUGUUUCUUUUUCUUUCCUUUCUUUCAUUUAUUUGCUGUGCUUUUAGAUCCUGUGAAGAUGGACAUGGAGCUGAAGAUGAUCACAGUAUUUUGGGGGGUGAUUUUAAUAGUUCAAAGCAGCUUUGGGACAAGAGUUGUUAGCGGUCAGACUGUGUGUUACGGUGGACCAAAGCACCCAUGUUACAAGAUUGCCUAUUUCCCAGAUAUGUCAAGCAGGGUAGCCUUCAAAGAGGCCUGGAAUGCCUGUGAGAUUGAUGGUGGGGCCCUUCUAAGCAUAGAUAGCGAGGCUGAGCAGAGGCUUAUAGAAAAACUCUUGCAGGACCUGACACUGUCAGGCUCAGGGAUUUUUGAUGGAGACUUCUGGAUUGGACUGACUAGAAAUGUGGAAGGACAUGGACAUAACGCUUUCACUGGCUGCCCAGACCUCUACAAGUGGACAGACGGAAGUGUCUCAGAAUUCAGAAACUGGUAUUACGAUGAGCCUUCUUGUGGUGGGGAAGCAUGUGUAGUGAUGUACCAUCAGCCAACUGCACAGCAUGGACUUGGAGGUGCAUAUCUUUACCAGUGGAACGAUGACAGGUGCAACAUGAAGCACAACUUUAUCUGCAAGUAUGAACCAGAAAGCAUCUUGGAGAAAGAAUUAGGAGACAGAGCAGAGCCAGACUAUGAAACUUCACCAACCAAGACACCUGCAAAAAAUGAUCCACCCAGCAAGCCUGAGGAAGAUGCGCAACAUGUUGAUGUUUCAGGAUCCUCAGGUUUACUUCUUAUUUACGUUAUUAUUCCAACCAUACCUUUGCUGCUGUUGAUACUAGUGGCCUCAGGGACCUGCUGUUUCCAAAUGUUAAGCAAAAGCAAACCACGAACCAAAACCAACCCAGACCAGUCAACACUUUGGAUUUCAAAGAGCCAGAAGAAAGAAAACGGCAUGGAAGUUUAACUAGCAUAUGAUCUUGAAAACUGUACGCUGACUUUCCUGAUCUCUGCCUGGCAGCUUGGAAUUGCUUCACAUACAAAUAAGGCUCUGGAAUAUACAGUACAGCUGAACAAAUGCAAACCAAGGAAAGAACUGUGAGAGAGGAGCAGAGAAUGAAAACGCUUGACAGUUAUGGUUCACCUGGAUAAUAGUGUAUUGUCUUGCCUGAAAGGAAAAUACCCCAAACCCUUAACAAUAAUAAACAGUUAGUUACUUUCUGGGGGUGUGUGGGUAUGGUCAGGAUGAUGAUAUUCUAUUUUAUACUGUAUGGAUUGUAUUUGUCUCCUAAAAUGUCAAAGCUACACCUCAGUGUGUUAGGAAUGAAGAAAGCACAUAUCUGAAUAUUCUUUUAACUAAAUAUUGGCUGCUUUAUCUUUGGUACGGUAUAACAAUAAUUUCCAGAUUUCAUUUUUAUUUGUGUUUGCAAACGUUAAUUGAAGAGAAAUUAGCACUUUUUAAACUCGUUGACAUAACACAUAUUGCCAUCUACUCACAUUAUGUUUUCUUGUAGAAUUGCUACAUCUACUAAUGCCUGAAGGUCAUGUAGUGAAAAAACAGACAAAAACCACUCUGAGAAAUGCUUGAGUCAUGUUUCCUUCUGAGCAUUUAAAGAGAGAUAUAUUUAAACGGACACACAAGAAAUACAAAAUAAAUACUUGUUAUUCUAAUACUGAAAUGUAUCUGAAGAUUUGUUUUAUCCACUGAAGAAUAAAUUCUAUCCUGGGUCAUUUUCCUAACCUGCUUGACUUCAAUAGAGAAAAUCAACACAUAGGAUGAAGUUUAUUGCAGUGUAUUUACACAUAGUUUAAAUGUGAAUAUGACAAUUUUCAGAUAAAUACAUAUGUGCAGUUUUCUGUUGAAUUUUCACUUAAAUUGUCAUGUAUUUCUCUUUUGAGUCUCAAUUAUGUCUCCAAUAGUGGUUUUAGUAGAAAAGUUUCAGACCAAUCUCAUUCAAAUUAGUAGAAAACAAGAUUCUCGAGCAUUUCUCAGAGAAGUGAAAGACCUAGACCAUCUGGGAAAUGCUUGUUGGUGACAGAUUGAAAAUGUCAUAUGCAAUAGGUCAGCUGGAUGAUGCUGUCUAGGGUGUGUUCUUUGUGUUAUAUUUGAUGUGUGAUUAAAUAUUACUCAGAAAUUGACAUUUAAAACCACACACAAUUCUAAAGACAAUAUUCUCCUAAAUACUACCACGAGGAUGCGUAGUGUAUACUUUAUACAGUAUAUUGCACCCUUCAUGCCAGUAAACCUCAGAAUCAAUUUUCUUUUCUUUUAUACAACUGAAAGAGAGAGGCGCCACCUGUCUGAAACAGCCACGCAUGUUCAGUGUUGGUUACUGGUUCAUUCAGGUUUUAUGUUCAAUACUUAGAAUAAUUAGUACAAUACAGUUUCCAGCUUUGGAUAUUCUCAGAGAAAAUUCCACCUUCAUUUAAUCUGUCACUAUAUUGUAAAUAGAAAUAAACGUAUGUAUAGGUGUAUAUGUGCUUGCACCAUAAUAAAGAAACCUUAUUUGAAA